GCAGCUGUUCCGUAUCAGAAUGCUGACUAAUAUUAACACUAGGUGUCUGUUUUUAAGUUAGCUUGCUUACACUUAUCGAUACCUUUCUCUAAUGAUCACUAUCCAUGUACAUGUAAUGCCGCUGUUCUACUAAUUAUUGCAGAUCGCCAUACAGAAAGCAUCUUGUGUAUGAACUAGCUAGGUCUGCCUUAUAGACGGCCUGUCGAGACUGCCGGUCGGUCGUUCAUAGGCAAUGAGUGCAAAAGUAACCACUGCUUCUUGGGUUUUCGCUUACGAGAAAGGGCUGCGGUGAGUUGAGCAUAACAGCAUCGGCUAUACCCUCAUGUGAAGAGUCAUCCAGUUAAAGCCAGAAGAAGAAAUGGUAGAACGAGUGGUAUGACUAUGACUCUACGACACCCUGUUGUUGCCCAGAUGACCAUUAGCUAAACAUCCUUCCACAAUGUUUAGCUUAUUGGCUUAGACGGCGUUUCCAAGCUGUAUGAGCUGUGGGAUCGUCCUGCGGCCUUUGCAAGCGGUACGCCUAACCCUUAAAACAACUUGCUUUAGCAAUUGUCGAAGAACUCAUUGCGAAGAGCCUUCAAAAUUAUCACUUACUGGUCGUCGCCGUUGUGUUACGUUACAAGAAGUUGAGAACAAAGUAGGUGUCAUACUUGCGAGAGAAAAAGGAGCCUAUGCUACCUGCUGUUUAUUGGCACCUCGACAAAAGUAGGCGAACCGAACUCAAGUCAUACGACUACUUGUAUACUUCUAAGGAAUUUGCCAUUAUUGUUGAAGGCUCACUGACAUAGGUGUAAUGGCUGCGCGUUAUUGGUGGGUGGUAUGAUAAAAAUGGAUGAAGAUUGGACUGUGCCUGUGUUUUAGAGAAAGUUCGGUGAAUAUUGCGAAAUUGUUAAAAUCGUUCAAUAUGCCAGCAACGUUUCAUAGUUACAAGGGCUGCCUUUACUUAGGUUCAAUUCGAUUUGAGUCCUUUCAUUCUCUUCCAAUGCUUCCUUGGAUAGUGGCUGAGGUCCGAAGGGCCAAAGGAGGUCAGCCUCACCAGGUCUCAAUUGAGUUGACGACGGAGGGUCGUUUGCUGGCAGUCAACCGUGAAAACCUCAUCGUUCAGAAGCACGAUCUAUCAACAUUGUCUAAAUUUUCACAAAUAUCACACGAUCGGACGCUCUUUACUUACAUUCAGAAAUACGCACAGUGUGGAGAUAAUCAACGCGAGCUCAACCUUUGCCACGUUUACCAGGCACCAGAUGUCGCUAUGGUAAAGGAGCUGUUUAAAUCAAUUCGCGAAUUGUCAAAUCAUCUACUUCGUCAAGAUUUACCACGAUGUGUUGCCAACUUGGAUUGUGUUGCUUCCUUUGAGGUGCUAUACAUGGGCAAGCUUCGUCUAGGGAACCCGCAGCUGACUCGACAAAUGGUGGAUAAAGCGGUGCGAGUGUGCGCUUACGGGCUGGAAGAACAAAAACGGGACUCCAUUCAGACAAAAGAUCUGCUACCGGCUCAAAGUCACCCAACGAGCCUAGAUUCAACUAGCAGCCGGUCGAUACUCACUGCGCUUCGCAACAUCACCCCUAGUGGGGUCAGUGAGAUGUUGGACCGAGCUGUCCCGUGCACCUCUACGUCAAUGAAGCUUGAAUCUCGAAAUCGCACCAUGAUCCUCAUACUCGGCAAGCAGCAAAUAGUCCUGCUCAGCGCGGAUAAGAAGCAGGUUUCAUGGGGGAAAACGUUCGCAGAGGUGUUAAAUUGUGUGGAGGGCGCGACUUUCUCAGACCACUUUGCAAUCACUUGCGUCGAUGCCCAUGAGACCAGCAGCCUGCCCUAUGGACGUCUUGUGUUUAAGUGUUUGUCGCCUAGCAUCGUGAGCGAGAUCGUCCUAUCGAUUAAACAAAGCAAGGAUAAUAUUACGACGGCCAAAGGAGGUGGUAAAGUCGCAAUAAACAAUUUUGGUUGCGACGGUUGUCCAAUGCUUAAGUUCCAUAACCUCUGCCUUCGUUUGGAGACUCUUGACGUCGUAGAAUCGUGGCGACUCAUAGAAAAUUGGGUAUCCAAUGUAAUUGACGAGUCAGACCGAAAGAAUGCCCUCGCACGGAUUUCCGAUAGCGAUCUCGCCUCACCACAACAGCGAAAUGAGGUGUACAUGCAUAUGCUACGGAAACAUUUUGAAUUUAAGCAAGGAAUACAUUUUCAUCAACCUCAAGGCGCGAAGGAAAAAGCAGUUCUAGGUCUCUUCAAGGACAUCAAGGAAAAAGCCCAGAAGACGCUGUCUUCAUCAUUCGAGACAUUGCUCAAGCCGCAGAAGCAGUCUUCCCUACCGUUUGGUCGAACCCUCUCAUCUCCUCCGGCACGAUCAGAUUUUACUUCAGCACUUCCUUCCGAUGGCCCGCGAGCGCUGGUUUCUUCAAGUGACGAGAGCGUCGAUAAGAAUUCGGCUGAAUCCAAAGAGUAUCUUACACCGUUGCCCGGAAUUCCGGAAAAGGGAUCGAAGUCCCCCGAAUCAGCUGCUCGGCCACACACCCCAACGCGACGGUCUCCUUCGCCGAAGCUGAAAUUCGCCGCUCCUCAUAUUGUGCGUACCUGCGUAACGCCAACAAUGGGGCAUCCGUCAUUGCCCCAUUCGUCGGUCGUCACUCCACCUGCUUCACCAUCAGCACCUCUGCCGCCACCUUCCCGCGCUCCUACAUUAUCGUGUGGGCUGGCAUCAACCGUUCCGUCUAGCACGUUAGUUCCUGUGCCCAACCGCAAGCAUAUGAUUCGACGGAUUUCACGCAAAACGUCACGUACUGAGUUGCCAUCAGACGUCGCCAAUAGACACAGAACGUGUGGCGAACUUAAGGAACUUUGGCGUAAGGCGAUUAGAGAGACUAUCUUGCUUAAUAGAAUGGAGCGGGAAAAUGAAAAAUUGCUGAUUCAACAAUCGGAACUAGAAAGAAGGCAGACCUGUCUUGACUAUGCAGAUUCGGGGUCACCGGAUGAGUUCAGCUGGGAAAGCGUCUUGAAAAAUCGAGCAGAGAGCCAAGAAGAACUGAUUCUGGCUUUGGUUAGACAGGGAGUACCCAAACAAAAGCGAGGUGAAAUCUGGAAACUCUUCAGCAAAAUUUUCAACCGUUACACAUAUAGGGGACCGCUUGACUUGAAUGCGCCAAUCUUCAAAGCGGAAUACAGCUCUUUGUUGGUGACUUUAACGGAGAACCAACAUCUCAUCUUAGUCGAUCUCGCUCGAACAUUUCCUACCCAUCGCUUCUACAAAGAUGGUUUCGGAGAGGGACAACUUUCAUUGUUCAACGUACUUAAAGCAUAUUCAAUAGUCGAUCCUGAGGUGGGCUAUUGCCAAGGCCUUGCGUUUGUAUCUGGUGUUCUGCUUCUACAUCUCACCGAAGAAGAAGCCUUUCAGUUACUUAAGCAUAUGAUGGUCCACCUCGGAUUUCGACAACUCUACCUUCCUAGCAUGGAAGGGUUGCAGGUUCAGCUGUACCAAUUGUGGCGUCUCCUUCAUGAUAUUCACAAUGAUCUGUACAGCCAUUUCGAGAGCUUUGAGAUGGAACCUGCUCUUUACGCUACACCCUGGUUUCUCACCGUUUUCGCAUCUCACUUCCCAAUGGAGCUAGUCGUACGAAUCUUCGAUCUCAUCUUUAUCCAGGGGGCUAAUGUUGUAAUUAAGGUCGCCAUGGCCGUUCUUGUAGUGCACAAAGAACAGUUACUCUCGUGCAUCGGCUUUGAAGAGCUGUCCGAUUAUCUUAAAUACAAGGUCCCUUUGCUAAGUCGGGAGCAGUUACACUCGGUUGUGAAGACUGCUUCGCAGUCCGACCUUUCCCGUUGCAUCUUCGACUAUGAAACCGAAUUUCGUCUCAUCCAGGAGGACGUUUUACAAGCCACUCCACAAAGCAGCCAACAACAUCACAUCUCGUCACCCUCAACGGGAGCAGAAUGCGGCGGCGAGUCCGGCUCUCAGCAGGCGACUCCGGGCAACUCGGUAACCAGGGAGCUCAAAAUUAAAAGUGAUCUGGAACAGCAGAUAUCUGCUCUUCGGUCACAGAACCAGCACUUGCAAUUAGAGAUUCAGAGCUUGCAGGAACAGCUACAGGUUUCGCAUAGUAGUGGGCUCGCACUGGAGUCCUCUGUGGAAAGCCAUCGGUCGACGGUGAAACGACUCGAAGGCUUCAUACGAGGACUACGAGACGAAAAAGAUGCUCUUAUUCAUUCAGUCAAUGCUUUACGACGUCGGAUCACCGUCCUCGAGGAACAACUUGUUAGCAUGUCACUCACUCACCAAAAGCCCGACCCACAACCACCCAGUAUUGUGAUUCGCCAAGUUUCACAGGACAGCGAAGAAGAUAGCAGCGGCCUUAGCGAUCACAAUGAUACACCUUAGAACGAACGUGUGUGAAGAAUAAACCUGGCCAAUCUAGCCGAACCGGAUGCACUAUUUGUUUUAAACUUAUUUGCAUUUAUUGCCUCAACAACAAGUUGAACGUUGCAGCGAUUAAGACCGUAUGCAUCAGUCUGCCAGAUUAAGUUCGAAAACUUCGUAGUUAUAUAGUCUAUGUUGAUAUCUACCAUUUUUCCCUUCAGUAGAAUAUCUAGGUUAAACAUAGUCGCUUGGCAAUGGCUCAUGUCAAACUAAGAUGGUCGCAGAA